AUGACAAAAGAAGAAAACUUUCCUGAUACUCCAAACGGGCUGAGUUGGCGAGUUGUUUUCUUCUUCGAGAGGACUUGUAUAGUCCCCGCUGAAUCGAGAGCUAAGCGGGAGUGGCGGCGGAAUAGAAGGACGAUGAUGAUCCUCUCUUGCAUCGCCGUGGUUUUCGCUCUCUCUUGGCUCCCGAUGACUGCCUUCACCAUUAUCUUCGAGUUCCACCCGUUCCUCAUCAAGCCCACCUCCACCCUCUACCUGGUCUUCGCCCUCUGCCACGUCACGGCGAUGAGCACGGCGGUCACCAACCCCUUGAUGUACGGCUGGCUCAACACCAACUUCCGAAGAGAGUUCCGCGUCCUGGGCAACACCGGGGUGGAGAAGGCCCGAGAAGCGAGGAGGAGACUCUCGACCGCGCACAGCGUGGCUCUUCGGCACGACCGGAGGACCAGCGUGACCUGCUUCACCACCAUGACUUCCUCCAACACCAGGCCUUCCACUUCCGUCACUCUUCUUCCGCAGGCCGCCAUGGAGACCAUCUAG